CUCCAGGCGCACGUAGCUGUAGGCGGCGUCGCUGUGAACCAAAUCGACGCGCGCGCGGGACCGCGCGUGCGCGCCGCUUUCGUAGUCCAUUUUGAAACGCGUUACACUUGGCGAUCCGAAUUCUUUUCAAGUGUAAAACAAUGAACGUAAUUAGAACCGAGCCGACGUUCCAACCACCGAGGGAACGACCCCAGACGAGACUGCGACAACCGUUCGACGUCGCGUUGGCAAAACGCUAUUUGGAUGGAGGUAACGUGCAAUCGAGAAAUAAACGUAAAUGCACGUCGGCGAGUUCGAGUACAUCGAAAAACGCAAGAUUUCCAACCGCUCAUGGUCGUAGACCUUUCCCCGCGUCCUCUUCUAUGGUGACGAGUACGUCGCCGCGCAAUUACGCUUCCAGGUCUGGAACAAGAACCACCACGGGUGCUGGUUCGACUUCACGCGAUUCUAGCGGCACGAUCCUUGCUAUAACGACUGGUCGCGGCGAUGCGAGAUGCGAAGUAGGAAUAGCCACGGUAAACAUUCAUUGCCCGCACGUAAUUCUUUGUCAGAUCAGUGACUCCCCGACGUAUAUCAACGUAUUGAGCAGGCUGUACCUGUUCGAUCCGACGGAAGUAUUGAUGCCAGACACGAUGUGCGACAGUACCAAACAUAAGAAUAUUCUGUACCGUUUGAUAACGGAGAAUUUUCCCGAUAUGCAAGUAACAGCGGUGUCUCGUAUCCAUUUCAAUGACACGGUAGGAUUAGACCGAGUCAAAACUCUCUGCUUGGACGAGUAUUCGGCAAUAGAAUUGUUCAUCAAACAAAAGUAUUACGCGUUGGCCGCGGCAGCGGCACUUUUAAAGUACGUCGAGUACGUGCAACAUAUUGUCUACGCCCCGAAAUCGGUGAAGAUCGAAUUUCAAGGGUCACCGAAUGCCACUACAAUAGAUUUGGAGAGCGCUCGGAGUUUGGAAUUGGUACAGUCGCAAUGCGGCAGGCAAAAUGUCAGCUUGCUCAAUAUGCUGGACCAAUGCUCAACGCCGAUGGGUAGAAAACUGUUACGCGCCAACAUACUUCAGCCGCCUUGCGAAGAAGAUAUGAUUCUCGAGCGGCAAGCUGCCGUUGCGGAAUUAGUGUCCAAUCGUUCCUUAAAGGCUCUCAUUCAGCCUGUCGUGCGACAAUUUUACGGUGCCGACAGGCUGUUAGCUUUGUCAAUGACGCCGACCGUUUUACACGAGAACAGCGUGCAAUGCGCGGAGCAAAAUUUAAAUUACGUUCUGCUGUUGAAACAUUUGUUGGACGCUGUACCGGAGCUUCGGAAGAUACUGUCGGUCGGCGAGAGCGAUCUAAUCCGUAAAAUUGAGAAGAAACUGGACAACGAUCAUUUUCGUUUGAUGCGAGAGAAAAUACUCGAGACCAUACACCCGGAUGCGAGAUUCGUGGCCGGGUACACGUCUUCGAACAUGCAACGCUCUUUCGCCAUCAAGGCGGGAAUCAACGAUCUGUUGGACGUCGCUCGACAAACGUACUGCGAGCUGAUCGACGACAUGAAAAGUAUCAAAAAAUUAUUUAUCAAUUUUUUAUUAUUAUCGCUGUUGUCUGUGCUGUUCUCUCCGGGUGUAGGUCUGGUAGGAGCUCUGGCGAACAAAUACGGCUUGCCGUUGUCCCUCAACUGCAACGCUUCUCUGGGCUUUCACGUUAAAAUGGUGUUGCCGCGGAAAGUGAACGAGACAAACUCGAAUUUCACUCUGCCGACCGAGUUCGUAGAGGUGCGAAAGCGUAUGCAAACGUAUACCAUGACCACGGACGCGCUCGCAGCGUUGAGUCAACAAUGCAAAAUCGCCUGCGACGAAUUACAUUUAAUGAGUAACAUACUCCUCUGUGACGUGUUAAAAAAUAUCCGCGAAUACAUCGGUUGUAUGUUCGAUUUGUGCGCGAACGUCGCGGAGUUGGAUCUCGUGACGUCUCUGGCUUUGGUCAGCUCGCAUCAAACGUACGUGAGACCAACGUUCGGACGGAGUUUGGAAGUGCUCGAGUCCAGACAUCCGAUGAUGGACGCUUUCGGCCUGGACACUCCCGUGUCCAACGACAUAAGGACGUCGGUACCACGAAACGUGACCGUCAUCUCCGGAGCAAAUAUGAGCGGGAAAUCGACCUAUCUCAAACAAAUCGUCUUGCUUCACAUCAUGGCUCAGAUAGGCUGUUUCGUUCCGGCUGGGAAAGCUACGUUUCGCAUAACGGACGCGAUAUUCUGCAAGAUAGCUGUACGCGACGACAUCGAAUGCAACGCUUCCACUUUUGCACUCGAGAUGAAGGAGUCGCGGUACAUUUUGCAAUCGGUCACGGCAAACUCGCUGAUCGUUCUGGACGAACCGUGCAAGGGUACUGCCACCGAAGAAGGUGGCUCGAUCGCCUGGGCCAUAUGCGAGAAACUACUCAACACGACUAGUUUCAUUUUCGUCGCGACUCAUUUCUUUUACUUGACGAAUCUGGCGUAUUUGCAUGUGAACGUGACCAAUCUACAUUUCGAGACUAGAAUAAAUCUGAUUCAGCAGCGAUCGGAAGAUCGACGAUCGACGUACACUCAUAAAUUGAGACGAGGUGUGGCACCUACCGAUGAUUAUGGGAUCGCUUUAGCCGAAUCCUCCGGUUUACCGAAGCCUGUCACAGAAAAAGCAAGGAGAUACGCUUCGGAACGUAGCGCGGCACGUAGAAGAAAAGAUGUUUCGUCGAUGCUCACGGACACGAACACGAUUGCGAUACGUGAUUCCUGGCAGGUCAUCCAUCGAGCGACAUCGGAUUUAAACGCCACGGAGAGAGAUCAUUACGAUGCCCUGGUCGAUUUGUACGAAUUAUUAGAGAGUGGCGAUUUCCAACGGGAGCAAGUGAACUCGCUUGUCGAGUUUCUCAUGCACUGCAAACGAACGGGCAAUGACGAGGGAAAUGACGAGCGAGAAGAAAAUAAGCAGCAGCAGCAGCAGCAGCAGCAGCAGCAGCAGCAGGAAAGGAACGCGACGAACGAGAGCGAGGGCGACGUGCAAGAUGAUAACCAUGGGGGGCGACCAAGCCCCGGCUCAGUGAGAUCGCCAGUGUACCACCCCGGACUAGACGUGAACGCAGCAGAUGAAACUGUUGAUCGGGCCACCGAUCCGGAUGAUCUCGUGUCGUCCAACUGUUCGUUCGACAUGAUCAUGCAGCCUGUGUGCGUUUAUUCGGGAUGGGAAGAGGAUGUGAGAAAAUCUCCAGCGUUCCCGAUCACGACUACGGAUAAGACGAACGACGAUUUGGACGAAACGUUGACAAACUUCACAGAAAUCACUCCGCGCUCUGACAUCGGUAGAAUUCCUUCUCCGUCGUUUACACACGAGCCGUCGCCACCGCGGGCAUCGUCGUCGAGGCUGAACUCGAUGUCUCCAGGCUCCGAAGUCGGUAAUAUUAUCAACGUUCCCUCCUCUCCACCGUUCAUCUACGAACCGUCGCGAUCGAGAAUAUCGUUAUUCACGAUCGAGGGAUACCAACACUGUCUCUCGGACACUGAUAUCGAUAUCGAUCUGGCCGACAUUUCCGACUUAUCUACAUUGACGCGUUGAGUACCGUAAAGGUAACUAGUCUCUUCGAGUACCAGAUGACACGGUGUUUAGUUUUAUAAUCAGUUCCAUUUCAAAAGUAACUUCUCACGUGUAUAUUAUCAUUCCCGCAAAAUCGCAAUGAAAGUAAAUAUAUUUUUUUUCUUACGA